GGAUGGUGACCAUUGGGCACUACAAGGUGGGGCAGACCCUGGGCGUGGGGACCUUCGGCAAGGUGAAGAUGGCGGACCACUCGACGACGGGGCAGAAGGUCGCGAUAAAGAUCAUCAACAAGAAGAAGAUGAGCCAGAUGAGCGGGAACAUGACCGAGAAGAUCCGGCGGGAGAUCACCAUCCUGCAGUGUCUUAGGCAUCCGCACGUGAUCCGGCUAUACGAACUUAUUGACACCCCGACCGACAUCUUCAUGGUUAUGGAGUAUGUCUCGGGAGGAGAGCUGUUUGAUUACAUCGUGCACAAACUGAGGCUCAGCGAGGGCGAGGCGAGACGCUUCUUCCAGCAGAUCCUUUCUGGCGUGGAGUACUGCCACCAGUGCAUGGUGACGCAUCGGGACCUGAAGCCCGAGAAUCUCCUCCUCGACAACAACCUCCACAUCAAGAUCGCAGACUUUGGCCUCUCCAACGUGAUGCGAGACGGGGAGUUCCUGAAGACGUCCUGCGGCUCCCCGAACUACGCCUCGCCCGAGGUGGUGUCGGGGAAGGCCUACGUCGGGCCGGAGGUGGACGUCUGGUCGUGCGGCGUGGUGCUCUACGCGCUCCUCUGCGGCAACCUCCCCUUCGACGACGAGUGCGUCCCCAAUCUCUUCCGGAAGAUUCGACAGCACGGCAAUUUCACUCUCCCGGGGCACUUGACCAGCGAGGCCAAGGACCUCAUCGUGACCAUGCUCGUCGUGGAUCCGACGAGGCGAAUCACGUUCUCCCAGAUCAGGAGGCACAGCUGGUUUCGCAAGGACCUCCCAGAUUACCUUGCGGGCCCGCUGCGGAAAGCCAACCCCAAGAACGAGAGCUUCAACCCGGCAAUAGUACAGCAGCUCAUAAAUAUAGGCAUGACCAUAGAGGACCCCGACAAUCUGACCAGCGAGCAGAUCGUCGCCUACCACCUGCUGUCAGACACGGCGUCGAAGCAGAGCUCCUUCUCCAACCUCCUGCGUGACGGCGCCAUGCACGACACGAAGCUGUACACCGACGCGGAGAUCUCGAAGAUAGCCCAGCUGUUUGAGCAAGAGGGCUCGGCGCCGCUCUCGACCAAGCUGAUGCCGACCCAGGACGAGCGCAGGGUCAUCAUCAGCCAGGCGCCCGCGGCGUCCGAGUGUCCCUGGCAGCUGGGCGUCGAGGUGACCAUGGAGGCGGCUCUGCUGAUAACGGAGAUGCUCGUAAUCCUGCGCAAGCGCGGCUACGAGUGGUCCCAGCUGACGCCGUGGAGGGUGAGGGCGCGGCCGCUGCUGCGCAGCGGGAACCAGCUCGGCUUUGUGCUGACCCUCCAGGUCUACAAGCUGGCCGCCGGCCGCUACCUGAUAGACACCAUGGCCUCGCAGGGGCCCACCCUCCCAGCGCUGCACGCCGCGCUGGACCUCCUGAGAUGUUUUGUGGAGAGCGAGGCCAUCGCGCCCCAUAUCGUGGAGAAGUCUGCCGGCGGGCUUCUGGCAGGGCAUGUGCGCGGCAGAUGA